AUGACGACGGAUCUUGCAACUAAGUACAACAUCAUCGACGAAAAGCCACCCUUUAAUGCACCGUUAAAGGGUCAAUACAAGCAAGGGUUCGGUUUCUACACUAUGCGCGAACGAUUGCCCAUCAUCUUGACGCAGGUCAUCGAUCAGCUGUCGAAGGACAAGGAACAGAUUGCGGAAAACUUCGGUGGAGAAACGGCCCGCGAAGAGCUGAAGGCUGCGAUUGGGGAAAUAUCCAAGCUAAAGUAUGAACUGCAGACGGAUAAAGAUUUCCGCCCGAUUCGCACUGCCAUCGGGGACGAAACGGUCUGGAACAGCUUCAUCGAGAGCCUUGGCGAGGAUAAUUCUUACUUCUCUGCCUGCUGGCUGUAUGCGGAAACUUACAUGUACCGGCGCUUGAAUAACAUAUUCGAAAACACCACAACUCUUCAAAAGCUGGACUACUUUCAGCAGCAAAAGCAUAAAGCGCUGACCAAUUCGUACGAUGCGAUGGUUGCCGUACUGCGUUCAAUAGAAACCUUCAACGGAGUACCCAAAACGGCCGAAGAAAUUGGUUCGUUCUUUCGUAAGCUGUUAAAAUUAAAUCUUUGGGGCAAUCGGUGCGAUCUUUCAAUCAGUGCUGGUCAGGAUGUGAAACAGGAUGGUGAUCCGUUCAGCUUGCUGGACUCACUGGAAGCGUGCAUCGUAAGCGACCACACCCAGGACAUUUGGCAGUGCGUCGCAACCGGUCCCGCUGCCGGCAUCGUUGAGAUCAUCAACGAUAACUCCGGCUACGAGCUGUUUACCGAUCUGUGUCUGGCCGACUUUAUCGUACAUCACAAACUCGCACCAAAGGUGUGCUUCAACGUGAAAGCCAUUCCGUGGUACAUUUCGGACGUAACACCGAAGGACAUGCAGUGGACGCUCGAUGCGCUAGCCGCCCAUGACACUCAGCCCCUGCUGGCACAGUUCGGUACGCGCCUAAAACGUCACUUUGCAUCCGGCGCGCUCGAGAUGCGUCCGGUGGAUAAUUUCUGGACCUCGCCGUACGAGUUUUAUCGCAUGCGCGACAUCGCACCGGCACUGUACGACACACUGUCCCAGGCCAAGCUGCUCGUGUUUAAGGGUGAUCUAAACUAUCGCAAAUUGUUGGGCGAUUUUAAUUUCCCGUACAGUACACCGUUCAUGGAGGCGUUGCGGGGUUUCUUGCCAACGAAUCUGUGCACGUUACGCACCGUUAAGGCGGAUCUGAUCUGUGGGUUACCGGAAGGUAUGGCCGAUGAGUUGACGCGUAAGGACGCUUCCUGGAUGGUAACCGGGGAGUACGGUGUAAUACAAUUUGCCGGUAAAUGA